AUGGUAAAAAGAGGGUGUUGCCAUAGAAAAAUGGUGAACCAUAAAGGUUGUUUAGUAUCUGGUAUAUUUUUAGCAGUUAUAGGUGCAGUAUUAUUUAUUUUAGCAUUUGCACUUUUACCACAUCUAAUAAAUCAAACAACACAAAAUGCAGUAAUACAAGCUGUCAUUGUAGACUCCACAUCAAGUCAAAGAUAUAAUGAUUGGGCAGGACAACAAUCAAUUGAAAAUUAUUAUCAACAAUACUUUUAUGCUUGGAAUUUAACAAAUCCAAAUGAAUUUUUAAAUGGAUCAAUACCAAUAUUUGAAACGGUUGGACCAUUUAAUUAUAAAUAUGAAUUUAAUUUUAGUAAUGUAACAUUUCAAGAUGGUGGUAAUUUAGCAACUUAUACACAAAGUAAAUCAUUUAUUUAUCAAUCAGAUAUGUCACCAAAUGAUCCAAAUGAAAUUAUGAUUACAAAUAUUAAUCCAGCUUAUUUGGGAUUAAUGUUUCAAUUAGCACCAAAUGCAGAGUUAUUAGAUAAUAUGCCAGCAGAGAAUUUAUUAAUAGCACUUAGUGGUUGUGGUCAAAUGAGAUUGUUUUUAGAAUAUUUGUCAAGUGAUAACUUUACAAAUAUAGUUUAUUUCACACAAAAUCCAAAACUUUAUCAAGAACAAUAUUUAAAUAUUUUAAAAUCAUUGAAUGGUGAUGAACAGUAUUUCUACCAACAAUGGGCAAAUGCAACAUCAAUUCCACAAAAAGGUAAUGGUUGGUAUGGUAUGUUGGUAUCAUCAGUAAAUAAUAAUAAUGAAUCAUCAAAUAUUUCAAUAUUAUCUGCAAAGUUGUUAUUUAAUUCUUCAAAUGAAAAUUCAAUUUUAAAUCAAGAGAUUGGUUCAACCCUAUGGAUCAAUGCAUUAUUGGGUGAUAAAACUUCAAUAACCGUAUUAACAUCGGAAUUGCAAUUAACAGUGGAUCAAAUUGAUAUGAUUUUAAAUUGGUGGUUAAAUGAUUUUUCAAAAGUUUAUACAGAAUCAUAUGUUAAUGAAAUUUGUGAUAUACCAGAUAUUUCAAUGUUGGGAGUUUGUCAAUUUGUUACUGGUAAUGCUUUGAAUGGUAGAUCCAUUUCAAAUUAUACAUUUUUAACACAACCAUUUGAUCAAGGUCCAAUUGAAAUUCCAUUGCUUUAUCAAUCGAUUGGUAUUGAUGUAAAAUUAAGUGUAUCGGUACAACAGGCCUAUAAAAGUUUAUUCAAUGAGUCUGAUAGUAAUUCAAUAUUGAAUUUAAAUGGGUUAGUUAAUUUCUUAACUGCUUCAAAAUCAUUUGAUACUUUUAAACAAUAUAAUGUAACAUUAUUCGAUGCUAUUAAAAUCAUUGGUUAUGCCACUGCCGAACUCUAUGAACAAUAUAAUAAACCAACUAUACUUGGACUUUAUGAAAAAUAUGGUGGUUUGAUUGUAACAAGAUCAAUGGAUGAUUGGUUAUGGAAUUGUCAAGAUGGUAUAUUGGAUUACUUGGGUGUUGAUCAACCAUGUGCACUCCAACAGAAUAACACUGUCAAUAAACCAUCCACCAUUUUCACAGGUCAACAAGAUCUAUCAAUGACAAAUCAAAUCUUUGAAUUCCAAGAGCAAACAUUUUUAACAUGUUGGAAUGGAUCUGUUCAAGUUGAAGGUUUCACAGAGUCUGGUCAAUUCCCACCAUUACAAUCUGAUCCACCUCAAACUAUGACUCUAUUCGAAGAGAAUGUAAUUAGACCAGUUCAAUUGGAAUUAAGUGGUGAUUCACAAGUUCAAGGUAUUGAUACAAAGAGAUAUUAUUUGGUGAAUAACAGUUUCCCAAUUUCAACAACUUUUAAAACCACUAUACCUGGUUUUGCAAAUUUAACUGAUAUUCAAAAUUUACCAAUUUAUGUUUCACUUUGGGAUAUGUAUGAAGUGCCACCACAAUAUUCUUCAAAUAAUUUACAAGGUUUAAAUCAAACUUAUCAAAGUGCUCAAGUACCAUUGGAUUUAGAACCAAUCACUGGUAAUGCUCUAUAUUAUAAUUUAAAACUUCAAAUUAAUUUAGCAAUUCCAGAGUUUUCAAAUUGGUUUUCUUCAAAUUCAACUUUUAAAAAUAUGAAAUCAAAUGUAUUUUAUCCAAUAUUAAAAAUUGGUCAAACUGCAACUCCUUCACAAUCAAAUAUUGAUUUACUUAAUUCUCAAUUUAAAUUAAUUAAAAUUUUAGGUUUUGUACCUGUAAUUGUUGUUUCAAUUAUUGGUGGUAUCAUUUUAAUUGCUGGUAUUUCAAUGUUUGCUUUUGGUUUUAAAAAAUUAAGACAACAAAAACAACAAGGUUAUCAAGCAAUUAUUAAUAAUGAAUAA